UUUACCGGUCUCAUGUAUAAUCAGUUCAGAGGUGAACCGUUGUGCAAUUUCUUGAACGAUGACAUCACUUCAUUUUCUACAAUUUUAUUUACAAUGACAUCAUUUACAUGUUUUUAAUCAUCAUGCCUUUAUGUGGUUAACAGAAGAAGUGUUUAUUAAUGGACGUCUACAGUUAUAUUGAACAUUUAAUAUUUCAACAACAAACGAGAAAAUCUAGAUCGCUGUGAUGUCGGAAAACGAAGAGAAGCAGCCCUUGUUGUCGUCUGAUUCUCAGAAGGAGAAAUAUUCUACGGAGUCUGGUGACAAAAACGAAACGAAACAGAAUUCUCCUAAGUCGGCAUCGUUCGGACAGCUGUUCCGAUAUGCCACGGCUUUUGACAAAUUCCUGAUCCUGAUUGGGAGUAUCUUCGCUAUAGCUGUGGGUGGAGGAUGGCCGGCCCUGUCCGUCAUCUUUGGAGAACUGACCGACACGUUUGUUACAGGUCCGGGCGGCGCUCAGGUGAUCUGCGUCAAUGGAAGCAUCAGUUUAAACGUCACCGGAAAUGGGACCGGGAACAACUCGUCCGUGGAUGAGUUUAAUGACAAAAUGACCACUUACGCCUUCUACUACCUGUACAUCGCCGGCAUCGUCCUAGUGUCAGGGUACUUGCAGAUUAUGUGUUGGACGACGACCUGCGAGAGACAGGUUCACACUAUCCGGAAAGUCUACUUCCGGUCCAUAGUCCGACAGGAAAUAGGUUGGUUCGACAAACACCAGAGCGGGGAGUUGACUACUCGACUGGCAGACGAUAUCGGAAAAGUCAAAGAUGGAUUGGGGGACAAAUUCAGCUUCACUCUUCAGUACACUGCGCAGUUCUUCUCGGGGUUUGCCAUUGGCUUCUGGAAAAGCUGGAAAAUGACGCUGGUAAUGAUGUCUAUCACGCCGCUUUUGGCUGUCAGUGCUGCAGUUUUUUCUGUGUUUAUCAGAAACUACACCAAAAGGGAACAGGAGUCGUACGCAGGCGCCGGAAGUGUGGCUGAGGAAGUCCUCUCCUGUAUCCGGACCGUCAUCUCCUUUAACGGACAAAGACAGGAGCAAGUCAGAUAUGAGAAAGCGUUGACGGAGAGCAAGAAGAUCGGGGUCCGUAAGACGGUGGUCCAGGGCCUCAUGAUUGGCUCCAUCAUGUUCUUCAUGUUCGGAUCUUAUGCCCUCGCCUUCUGGUACGGAUCAGAACAGGUCAAGGAUUGGUACAAUUCCUACUGUGCCGCUGAGAGAGAGGGGAUUAGUCCCGGGGAAGUCCUUACGGUAUUUUUCUGCGUGAUGAUUGGUUCUUUCUCUAUUGGAAAUGCCGCCCCUCAUCUCGGGUCAAUAUUUGGUGCCAAAGGUGCUGCUGCUGUGGUCUUUGAAACCAUUGACAAUGUACCCACAAUAGAUGCUACAGUCGACAAGGGACAGGUACCAAGUUCACUGGAGGGUGACAUCGACUUUGUGGGCGUUGAUUUCUCCUAUCCUACACGGGAGGAGGUCCAGGUAUUAAAGAACUUUAACCUGAAUAUAGGACACGGUAAGACAGUGGCGUUGGUGGGGGCAAGUGGUUGUGGAAAAUCUACGGUCGUCAAACUAAUCCAGAGAAUGUAUGAUCCACAGAACGGACGGGUUUUAUUAGACGGCAAUGAUUUGAAAGACCUGAACACCAACUGGCUCCGAAACAACAUCGGUGUUGUCUCCCAGGAACCAGUCCUGUUCGCCAUGACAAUCGCCGAGAACAUCAAACUGGGAAAUCCUGACGCAACUAUACAGGAAAUACAGGACGCCGCGAAGGCAGCUAAUGCACAUGACUUUAUCACUCAAUUACCAAAUGGUUAUCGAACAUUGGUCGGGGAGAGGGGAGCUCAGCUGUCUGGGGGACAGAAACAGAGGGUCGCUAUUGCCAGAGCGCUAAUCAGAAACCCUCGUAUUCUCCUUCUGGACGAGGCCACGUCAGCUUUAGACUCAGAGAGCGAGAACAUUGUCCAGAAAGCACUGGACAAGGCUCGGCUUGGUCGAACAACAGUUAUGAUAGCUCAUCGUCUGACUACUGUUCAAAACGCUGACAUGAUUUACGUGGUGGACAAAGGGGAGAUAAUUGAGUCUGGGACACAUACAGAGCUUAUGAAGAAGGAGGAGUUUUACUAUCAGCUCGUGCAGGCCCAAUCAUUAGAAUCUGAUGAUGAAAACGACAAUGAAGAAUCUGGUCCGGAAAAGCGUGCCUACAGACGUCAGAGGUCACGUGUGUCAUUGUCGGAAAAGGGAGACCAUCUAGUAAAGAAACAGCUCUCAAGGCAGUUGUCUGCAUCUGAAAAAACAAAACAAGAAGAGGAAGAGAAAGAGGAGGAGGAGGAGGAAUUCGAGAAGCCGAAGUACUUCCGAAUAUUGCGUGAGAAUUUCCCAGAAUGCCCUUUUCUGAUUUUUGGCACAUUGUUUUCCGCUAUCCAAGGUUCUACAAUGCCGCUCUUUGCUUUGUUUUUCGGAGAAAUGAUAAAGGUAUUUAUAGAUAUAAACGGCACUGAUAACGUCUUAUGGAGUUUAAUGUUCCUGGCCCUUGGAGGGUUGAAUUUUAUGUGCCACUUUUUCAUGAACGUGAACCUUGGCAUAGCUGGAGAGCGGUUGACGUUUAGGCUGAGGCUGAAGUCAUUUAAGGCGUACUUAAGACAAGAUGCCUCCUAUUUUGACGACCCCAAGCAUGGCACCGGUGCUCUCACGACGCGAUUGGCAACUGACGCCUCUCUUAUUAAAACGGCAACGGGUUUCCGGAUAGGCACUAUCCUGUCCUCGAUAGUGAGUUUAGUGGCGGCCCUGGUGAUAGCAUUUUACUACGGCUGGAAGUUGGCGCUAGUUGUCCUCGCAGGAGUUCCCAUAUUAAUGUUGUCAAGUAGUUUACAGAUCAAGGUCGUGAUGGGGAAACACAAAGAAGAUCAAAGCAAAAUGGAGGAUGCUGGCAAGGUGGCCAGUGAGACAAUUGACAACAUUCGCACUGUGCAGUCUCUAACAAGAGAAAAAUAUUUUUAUGACCUCUACGCGGCUAAUUUAGAGAACCCUCUAAAAUCGAGUCUAAAACAAGCUCAGAUCUACGGGUUUGCCUAUGGGUUUUCUCAGUGUGUGGUGUUCGCUAUGUAUGGCGGUUCCUUCCGUUUUGGUGCCUGGCAAGUGAGUUUAGGGGAGAUGGCGCCGGAGGAUGUUUACAAAGUCUUUUUUGCCAUAGCAUUUACUGGAAUGACGAUUGGACAGGCCAGUUCCUUUUUACCUGAUUAUUCUAAAGCUCAGCACGCAGCAGGUCUGAUAUUCAAGAUAUUGGAAACUAUCCCAGGCAUAGAUAUCUACUCGCAACGUGGAACAUAUCUGAACAAUGUGGACGGUCGAAUCGUCUUUAAAAACGUGUCCUUUAGCUAUCCAAUGAGGCCAGAUGUGCGGGUGUUAAAAUCUUUAAGUUUUACUGUGGAGCCAGGACAGACAGUAGCUUUAGUUGGACCGAGUGGGUGUGGCAAAUCUACAGCUAUAUCAUUGCUACAAAGGUUCUAUGACGUACAGGAUGGAGAAAUAAAUGUUGACGGCAUAGAUAUCCGAGAUUUAAAUCUCUCUCGUCUCCGUUCAUUUAUUAGCGUGGUCAGCCAGGAACCGAUUUUGUUUGACUGCAGCAUCCGGGAGAAUAUUUCCUAUGGUGUAGACACCGAUGUGGGAAUGGACGACGUAAUCGAAGCAGCAAGGAAGGCUAAUAUCCAUGACUUUAUCACACAACUUCCGGCGGGCUAUGAGACAGUGGUUGGAGAAAAGGGAACACAGUUGUCUGGAGGACAGAAGCAGAGGGUGGCUAUAGCACGUGCCAUCGUGCGUAACCCAAAAAUACUGCUUCUUGACGAGGCGACUUCUGCGCUUGACACAGAGUCUGAAAAGCAAGUCCAGGCGGCUCUAGACACUGCCCAAGAGGGCCGGACUUGUAUUGUGAUAGCACAUCGUCUGUCAACAAUACAAAACUGUGACGUCAUUUAUGUUAUCGAUGAUGGACAGGUCGUGGAGAGUGGAUCACAUCAUGCAUUGUUAUCAUUAAAGGGAGUUUACUCUGCUCUAGUCAGUGCGCAGCAGUUUACAAAGUAAACGGAGUUUAAAAAAUGACUGAGAGCUUUUAAUCGAUUGGAACUAUAUAUUUACAGUGUACCGCAUUCAGGGACAAUGUGAUAAUUGUGAGGUGUGAAAGAUGUAUAGUUGUUUUAAGUUUUUGAAAUAUUUCAUGGGUGUGUGCAUGACUUUGACUUGAUUUUCAAAUAUGCCUUGAACAAAACAUAAAAUAUGACAUUUUGCAUAAAAUAUUUAAUUUUUUGUGUUUUAUUGUCACAAUAAAAUGAAUGUUGUCACAUUUA